CAUGCCUCAAAUACCAGUAGAUAGGCAAUUCAAUAGGUAAUAAUUUAGGAAUCUUAUCAAUUUCAAGCAAUUAUUUCGACCGUCCACUCCAAAACCUCCUCCCCUCAUGGCUGUCUAUAAAAACUACUAUAACAGAAGAGCUCUCAGUUCGACAAUAAUGGUUUCCUGUUUGUAUUUGUUGUGUAGCAUCGCAAUCAGUACAGUAUCGUGUAGCAUGACAAACGGAGAUAGGGUCAGACAUCACCACGACAAGAACCAAGUUGAAAAAAGCUCGAUCGAAAUCAGUUCGAAAAAUCCAAUACUGAGCUGUCCCAACUGUGUUUUUAAACAUAACAGAGAUAAAGAGCGCAUAGAGUCGGAUAAGUUAAGAUUAGAAGCUAUCAAGAAACAAAUUCUGCAAAAGUUAGGACUGACUAGGAAACCAAAUAUCACUCAUAGUCUACCUAGGGAAGUAGUAUUGGAAACGUUGUACAGGGCAGAGGAGGGUGAUUUUUUGAGAGGAUUUCAGGAAGAGGACUUUCCUACUACAAGUGAGAAAAACAGGAAUAUGGAUACAGUUGAUGUGGACGAUUUUUAUGGGAGAACAAGCGAAAUUAUUUCGUUUGCUGAACAAGGUUCAUGGGUGAAUCAAAACCGCCUUUUAGAAUUUCAAGUUAGUCCCGAUACGGAUGGCCAUAUUGGACAGGAAUUCAGAGUGAGAGAGGCGAUAUUAUGGCUGAAAGCGGAUAUCGUUAAGAAGCACGCGACCAAAUGUCGAACGACGGAUAUAUUUGUAUUUAAAAUCAUAUCUAAUAGGUUACCCGAAUCAGUUACCCUUAGUUCUAAGCAAUUUGAUAGAGUGACGUCAGAUCCUGUUGCUGUCACAUUAAACGAAUCUAGCAGUGGAUGGCAGAAAAUCGAAGUUACGCAGACUGUCCGCAAAUGGCUGACCGAAUCCAGCAAAGAUAAGCUGCGGCUGUUUGUUGACUGUAGCUGUUGCAGUCAGUGGCGCAUUCAUCUCUUCAAUGAAGAGAGGCAGGAGAAGCUAAAUCAAAAUAGACCUUUUUUGGUCAUUCACACUGAUCCUAACACAGCGAAACGAGUAAGGAGGAGAGCAAUAGACUGUUCAGUAGAUUCAGGAAAUCAAUGUUGUAAACAACGAUUUUACGUUAGUUUUAAGGCUUUAGGAUGGGACGACUGGGUAAUAGCGCCACAAGGGUAUUACGCUAACUAUUGCAGAGGAGACUGCGGCCAUCACCGGACUCCUGACACUUUCGUGACCUACCACACUCACGUGAUAGAAGAAGCGAGAAAAACUCAGCACCUCUCUGGCAUGACGCCUUGUUGUGCACCGUUAAAAUUUUCGAGCAUGUCGCUAAUUUACUACGGUCCCGAAUCAACGAUAAUCAAAAGAGACUUGCCAAAAAUGGUUGUAGACGAGUGUGGGUGUCCGUAAACAUGGCAAAGACAACCGCAAAUACAUAACACAUAAAUGUAUGUUUAUACAGUACAUAAGACUAUACUAUUAUUCAAUUGUUCGAAUAAAAUAAAGUUAAAAUUGUCGCGAUGCGAUGGUUCGACUCUUGUGAGAAUACGAAGUGAUGGAAUAGAUAUGGUCGUGGUAUAUAUUAAAGCAAAGUGUUGUAUAGUUAUAUUGAUAAGUGGUGGUGCACAAGAGUUCGUGGGCAAUCAAUAAGCGAAUGGUAGGCUAUGAAACCGAAUGGUUAGAGAAAAAAAAGUGUUCUUAAAAGAUUAGAUAGGUUUUUUAAAAUUCAGAAG